GCAAAUUUCAUGAGGAUGAACAUUUUCCUAUCGCUCUUUGGCCUCGCAGUUUUUGUGUGGCCAUCGCUGGGCGUGGAAAAUAACCAGAAGCAGCACCACGAAUUGCCCACAGUUAUUGGCAUUGAUCUGGGCACCACCUACUCCUGCGUUGGCGUUUUCCUUAAAGGACGAGCCGAGAUCAUAACUAAUGAUUGGGGCAAUCGUCUCACGCCCUCGUUGGUGUCCUUUGCCGCCGAUGGCGAGCGUUUGAUUGGUGAAGCCGCCCGGAACCAGCUGACCAACAAUCCGGAAAACACAGUCUACGAUGUGAAGCGACUGAUUGGACGCGAGUGGUUCGAGCCGAAUAUGCAAAAGGACAUCAAGCUGUACCCUUUCAAGGUGGUCAAAAAGAACUCCAGACCGCACAUACGCGUGAGCACGGCUCAGGGCGUCAGGGACUACGCACCGGAGGAGAUCUCCGCCAUGGUGCUGGCCAAGAUGAAGCAAACGGCAGAGGAUUUCCUGGGCAGGAAGAUCACCGAUGCUGUGGUCACGGUGCCAGCCCGCUUCAACGAUGCCCAGCGCCAGGCCACCAAGAAUGCGGCAAAGAUUGCCGGCCUCAAUGUGCUGCGAUUCAUCAACGAACCAACAGCCGCAGCCAUGGCCUAUGGUUUUGAUAGGAAGGGUUCCGCAAAGAGAGUUUUAGUGUUCGAUUUGGGCGGCGGCACGCUCGAUGUGUCCCUGGUGAGCAUCGACAAUGGUGUGCUGGAGGUGGUGGCCACCAACGGGGACACACACCUGGGGGGCCAGGACUUUGACCAGCGCGUGGUCGAUCACUUUGUGCAGCGGUACGAGCAGGAGGGCAAGGACAUUCGACAGGAUAGCGGCGCCAUGCAGAAGCUGCGUCUGCAGGUGGAGAAGGCCAAGCGGAUCCUGUCCAGCUCCCUGCAGGCGCGCAUCCACAUCGAGUCCUUCUUCGAGGGCCAGCACUUGGACCACACGCUGACCCGCGCCAAGUUCGAGGAGCUCAACCAGGAGCUGUUCCGCUCCACGCUGCAGCCCGUGCAGACGGUGCUGGAGGAUGCCCAGCUGCAGAAGACAGACGUGGAUGAGAUUGUGCUGACUGGUGGCUCCACACGCAUACCCAAGAUCCAGCAGCUGGUCGAGGACUACUUCGAUGGGAAGCAGCUCUCCCGCAGCAUCAAUGCCGACGAGGCUGUGGCCUGCGGCGCGGCUAUCCACGCUGGCACUCUCUCCGGUGAUCAGGCGACCAACAGCACCGUGCUGCUCGAUGUCAUUCCACUCACCUUGGGCGUGGCCACUGUGGGGGGUUUUAUGAGCCAGCUGAUUCCGCGCAACACUGUGAUCCCCACCAAGAAGACGCGCUCCUUUUUCACGGCCAAUGACAACCAGUCCUCCGUCACCAUCCAAGUGUACGAGGGAGAACGACCGCUGACCAAGGACAACCAUCUGUUGGGCACAUUCAAGUUGACUGGCAUCCCGGAGGAGCCAUACAGAAGCUUCCCCAUUCAGGUGACAUUUGCUGUGGACGUCCACGGGAUCCUGGAGGUCAGCGCCAAAGGAGUGGGCGCCGAUGUGCAUAGCCAGAUUGUCGUCACCAGCGACCAGUACCGCCUGACGCCUGACCAGAUCGAUCGCAUGAUCCACGAUGCAGAGAUAUUCGCCGAGAAGGAUAAGAGAUUCAUGGAGAACCUGAUGGCACGCCACAAGCUGGAGUCCUACGCCUACAGCCUGCUCAAGGAGCACGGCGACACGCAGCCCGAGCUGAAGAAGGCCAUCGACAAGGCGCUCUGGUGGCUGGAACACAAUCCCGAUGCCAGUCCCGAGAAAUGCAUGAAGCAGCAGAAAUAUAUCGAAGCCAUAAUGCGGCACCAAACUGCCGCUCUCCAGGAUGAACUCUGAGGACGGGAGGACUUU